AUGCUAUCGGGGGGCAGUGGUCGCACCGGGGGCUGGGGGAUUUGGGGGGGAUGCUAUCGCGGUGCGGGGGUCCCACCGUGCGCUGACCCCGCUCCAUCCCGCAGGUCCCCGCCGCUCCUGCGGCUCUUCCCCGGCCGGCUCUCCGCCUUCCCGCUGUUCCUGCUGGCGCUGCUGCUGGGCUUCGCUUCGCUGCUCUGGCUGCAGCUGAGCUGCUCGGGCGAGGGGCCGUUGCCGGGCGGGCAGCCCCGGGGGGCUCCCCAGCAGCCCUGCCCGCCCCCCGCGCCGCCGCAGCCGCCCCAGGAGGAGCCGUCAUGGGGGCCGCACCGGCUGGCACUGCUGGUGCCCUUCCGAGAGCGCUUCGAGGAGCUGCUGGCCUUCGUGCCCUACAUGCACCGCUUCCUCAGCAAGAAGAGGAUCCGCCACCGCAUCUUCAUCCUCAACCAAGUGGAUCACUUCAGGUUUAACAGGGCAUCCCUGAUCAACGUGGGCUUCCUGGAGAGCGGCAACGACACCGACUACAUCGCCAUGCACGACGUGGAUCUCCUGCCCCUCAACGAGCACCUGGACUACAGCUUCCCAGAGGCAGGGCCCUUCCACGUGGCAUCCCCCGAGCUGCACCCGCUCUACCACUACAAGACCUACGUGGGUGGCAUCCUGCUGCUCACCAAGCAGCACUAUGAGUUGUGCAAUGGCAUGUCUAACCGCUUCUGGGGCUGGGGACGGGAGGACGAUGAGUUCUAUCGGCGUAUCAAAGGAGCUGGUCUCCAGGUUCGUCGUCCCUCUGGAAUCACAACUGGAUACGAGACUUUCCAGCACCUGCAUGACCCAGCCUGGAGGAAGAGAGACCAGAAGCGCAUCGCUGCGCAGAAGCAGGAGCAGUUCAAGGUGGAUCGGGAGGGAGGCCUGAACAACGUGAGGUACCGAGUCGAGUCACGGACAGAUCUGAGCGUGGCAGGAGCCCCUUGCACCGUCCUUAACAUCCUGCUGGACUGCGACACAAACGAGACCCCCUGGUGCACGUUUGGCUGAGCCCGUCCCCGCGUGCCAGUCGUGUGCUCUGUGCUGGUGCCAGGGCUCCCUGGCUGCCGUGCAGCUGCCUGGAGCAGGCGGGAUUUGCAGCGGAUGAGCAUGGCAGUGCUGGCGAGACACAGAGGAGCAGAAGAGGCUGAGAACUGGACUUUGCUGGGAGCAGCAGAAGAGGCUGAGAGUGGGACUGGCUGCAGGCGCUGGUGCUGCCUCGCAGGGCAGGUGCAGGAGGUGGCUUUCCUGUGCUGGACAUGGCUGAGCUGCCACGCAGCUCAGAGGACAAUAAAGAACUGUCAGGGCACCUGUGAGUUGUGAAUGCCCUGUGCUGUGCUGGCACUA